GUGAUUUAUGUUCGUCAGAUUAUCUUAGUCAAGCAGACAGUCACCGAGUGUCAUUUUACUCCAUUUGCCCGGUAUUAGAAUUUCCUGAUAUCAAGUUUCUAGCUCGUUUAUCCUUGUGUCAUCAUGGCAGAACCAAUCAUUACAGAACCUCUUAAAUCGCCAAGUGGCAUGUCAUUUGAUUUGACCUUUGACAUAGAGGAAGAGAAUCGUUCCAAAUCAAAUGUGCCUAAACGCUUAUCCCAACUAAUGAUGGAGAAAGAAAACAAAACGCCAGUGAGUCCUGAAGAAUUGGAUGAAAAGCUGAAGAAAGCAGAGGAGAGGAGAAAGGAACAAGAAAAGGCGAGACUGGAAAGAAUCCAUGCACGAGAGGAAGAAUGUCGUAAGAUAACUGAAAAGUUUGGUACUUUAUUGGCACAAGAUGGUAAACUAGAGGGGGAGGAAGAUGGUGAAAAUGUCAAGGCGAUGUCUAUUAAACAAGCAGCUACAGUGAUCCAUAACGUAACACAGGGGUUGAACAAGAUGGGUGCCAAUCUCAAGCAUGACACGUCAGCUCCGUCCGAGUAGAUGGCAACUUUAUAUCUGCUUUGGUUCAUUUCAGAUAAAUUAUUUUAGAUGUACUGGUUUUCUGGGUGAUUACAAUAGUGGAGUUUGGGGUUCUUUGGUUGUGUAGCUAUCUUAUGAGCAAAGGUUGCGAGGGAGGUGGCAAUCACUGCUGAUUCCCUUCCAUGCAGUCAGCAGGAAUAUGCAGUUAAUAGGCACAUCUUUUACUAUACCAGCUUCAGUUUCAGACGAAAUACAGUGAUUAUGUAUUGUCAGCUUCCAAGUUACUAUUGAAAGUUUACAAAAUGUUUGUAAAAUAUGGAAAAUAAGUUUGUCAUUCACACUCAACAAUUGGAAGUUGGACACAAUUCAGAUCUGCUAGCCAUUCAUCUAGUGAAAAACUUGGGCAUACAAUCUCAUCAACAGUUGGUUAUAAUAACCUCUCUGCCCCUUACAGUCGCAGGCAUAUACUACGUAACUUGCAACCACUGAACUCAAAACUAGUCUAUUGAACAAUAUAUAGACACCUGUCUAUUAUAGGAUGAUUGGAAACAACCAACUAUAAACACAGAACAUAAAAAUACUGCUUUGAAAUUUAGCUGUAUCUUCUGUGACUAUUCUCGCCACCUUAUUGUUCCAAUGGACAGGUGUAUUAUAUAUCAACAUUGUCCUAACCUCCGUGAGAACAGCUUUCCUAAUUGGCUGAUUUUAAAACUUGUUAGUUGUUAAAUCCAAUGGGCAGCCGUAGUACAUGAUGUGGUAGUUACUACUUUACCAAAUAAGAAAAGCACAGCAUUCCUAAUUCGUUGAUGUUAAGCUUUGUUUGCUAUGAAAUGCAAUGGGCAGCCUUGUUACGUGUCAUGGUCAAUAUUACAUUACCAUACAAGAAAAGCAACAGCAUUCCUAAUUCGUUGAUGUUAAUCUCUUAUAAUAGUUACUUUAUUUUAGAUUGUUUGCCCUCAAAAACUUGUUACAAUAUUAACAUAAGGAUUUUCAUUUUAUACACUGAAUUUGUUUUGUGAAUUAUCAGAUUUUAGUUUCAACAAACUGGAUAAAUACCUUGAUUCUAUCCCUUACAUGUGGUACAGUUGUGUGUGGCUUGUACACAAGUCACUGUCUUUGCUGCAUGUUGUGUUUCAUUCCUUUGUACUUUGUAGUAUCUAUUAGCAACUUUUGAUGUAAGCACCCCUCACAUUCAGAGUGCUACAAUUUUGGCCACCAAGGUCUUGUGUGUAUGCAACCACAAACUGUCAGCACUACACAGUAGCUACUGUCAUCUGAUGUUACAAGCACUGUAGAAAAAAGGCCAAGCCGAGUGCUGUGAGCAGGAAAUAGUUCCUAUUUACUCUGUUGCAUGUUUUCUGGAUUUGUCUUUUGGUUUUUCGGUGAUCUCUCAAUCCUAAAGUCAGUGCCAAUACACAUCUAGUUCUCCGCUAUCAGUAUCCUGUAAACAAACCCGCUUGAAUUUCGGGAGAGAUCUCGUGCUCCUGAGUCUAGGAAAGCAGUGACAUUGUAGACGUUUAACCCUGCCAGCCCUAUGUACUUUUACAUUGGCUUGACCAGAUAAGGGUUAAAAGUGUGAGUCGCGGAGAUUUAUGUGAAAUGCUGUCUUCACGAAUGUCAUCAAAUCAGAAAAUUUGUAUCAGUGCAAAUGAAACAGUUUGAGGUUAUCUUCUUAGCAUUCAGUGUAGUGUCGAUAUUUACCCCAGUACACCAUAGAUUUUUAUCAAACAUUACUAUGUACCAUGUAUGUCAAUAACCCGGUGUACCAAUUUUCCUGUUCUCGUGUUUCUGUGGAGAUUUUUAAAUGAUCAUAUCAAAAUUACUUCCUUGUGCUGAUUGAGUCAGGACUUUUUAAAUUCAUAAACCUAGUAAGGGUGCAUCUUUGUAUUUUUUAUGGACCAGCGCCGGCAUUUUAUAUUUUGCAACAAUUUAUUUUAGUAUUCAAGAUUCUGUUUACAGAAUUGUAAAGAGAUGACAUUCAGUUAGUGUCUAUAUGAAAUUGGUUUUAUAGUCUAGAUCAAGCCACUUGUACUUUCCAUCCAUUGGUUUCUAGCCUCCAACCAGUAUUAGUACAGUCUGUGAAAUAAGCUCUUUUAACCCUUUGAAUCCCAAAGUUGGCUUUUGUCACCUUUCAAAAAUUAUAAUCAAGAAUUUUAACAAAAAGAAAAUUAUGUUCAUUUGGUUCAAAAUUAACAAAAAAACAUCUAAAAAUGUUGCAUAAAAUUUUUUGGGAAAAACCCUGGCAUUCAAA